ACACCUUUGGCGUUACAUUGACCUUAUGGAAUUGUUAAUUGGGUUGUCGAACCCCGAGACACACACACAGACGAGACGCACGAAGACACGACUGACAGGAUGAUUCAUGUACGACGACCGACAGCAGCGGACACGCUACUACAAUCUGGCGACGAGGAUUUUGGAAUUUAACGCAGAAAACAAGGAAAAAAGAUGCAAGAAAUGCGACCAGUACCAAUGUUCCUGUGCGAUAAAAUUGAAACUGCUAAACUCGCAACAGAAUGGAAAAUUUGGAAGGAAGCGUUGGAAUGCUACUUUGCAGCGUACAACGUAACGGACCAAACGGAGAAAAAAGCAAAACUACUACAUCUCGGAGGACCGGCACUACAGCGAGUGUUUAAAAAUUUAAAAGAUCAUGAUCAUGUGUCCUUGGUUAUGUUGGAACCGCGCUGGUAUGACCAGGCAGUUGAAAAACUGGACGAGUUUUUCGGACCGCAGUAUCAAGCUACAACGGAGAGACGCAGCCUGCGAAUGAUGAAACAAAAACCAGGUGAACGUUUUGCGGAAUAUUUGAUUCGUUUAAAACAACAGGCAUCUCAGUGUGGAUUUGACAAGUACAGUAAAGAAGUAGCCUCAACACUGCGGGACAUAUACUUAACAGAUGCAGUAGUUGAAGGAUGUUCUUCCAAUGAAGUCCGACGGAAAAUUUUGCAGAAAAAUUUGAAGUUUUCGGAAAUCGAAGACAUGGGAGUUGCGCAAGAGAGCAUAGAUAAUCAAAUAGCUGAAAUGGCAGCUGGACUAUCAUCUGAAAAAGUGUUUAAAAUCGAGCACGGCGGAAGAAAAGGAAAUCCCAGAGCGGAAGACAAGGGAUCCAGACAAGUUGAAAACAGGCGUAAUGAAAAGGCUUGUUUCAAUUGCGGACGUGUAGGACACUUUGCGGCAUCUUUCAAUUGCCCUGCUCGCGGGAAGGAAUGUAGAAAUUGUAAGAAACUUGGUCAUUUUGAACAAAUGUGCCGAAAGUUUAUGGAAAAGGGUCCGACUAAACGUCAAAUAAGAGCAAUUGACGAAUCAUCAGAGGCAAAACCACCGAAAACUGAGGAGGAAACAAAUAGUUCGAAAGUGUAUUAUGCAUUCUAUUCAGGGAAUGAGUCAAACGUAAUAUCUUGUAUGCUUGGUGGAGUUUCUCUCGAAAUGAUGGUCGAUUCAGGCGCUGAUGCCAAUUUAAUUCCUAGUGAAAUGUGGGAGGAAUUAAAAAAUCGGAACAUAGCGGUAGUUUCAUCAACGAAAGGAAGUUCGAAGAUCUUGAGGGCAUACGGAAGCAAAAAACCACUCACAAUAUUAGGCACUUUUGUUGCGGAGGUUGCUGUAGGGGGCCAACGCAUUCAAGCGAAGUUUUUUGUGGUAGAAAAAGGACAACGUUGCUUACUGGGUGACAAGACGGCUAAGCAACUAGGUAUUUUGAAAGUCGGGCUAGAUAUAAACAGAGUGCAAGUAGAUCCGUUUCCAAAAAUGAAGGGCAUAACAGCAAAAAUCAAGAUGAAUCCACAGAUCAUACCGGUCUAUCAGCCGAUGCGACGAAUCCCGAUACCUUUGGAGGAGUCAGUAGAUCGGAAGUUAGAUGGAUUGUUAAAAAGGGAUAUAAUCGAGAUAAAGACAGGCCCGACGACAUGGGUUUCGCCAUUGGUCGUAGUGGGAAAGUCAAACGGAGAGCCUCGUUUGUGUCUUGACCUCAGAAGAGUCAAUGAAGCGGUAUUAAGGGAACAUCAUCCAAUGCCUUCGGUGGACGAUUUUUUAGCGAAAUUAGGACGCGGACAGCUGUGGAGUAAACUUGAUAUUAAGGAAGCAUUUCUUCAGAUCGAAUUAGACGAGGAUUCGCGAGACGUGACAACUUUCAUAACCCGACGAGGGUUGUACCGUUUCAAGCGGCUGCCGUUCGGUUUGGUGACUGCUCCAGAGUUAUUUCAAAAGGCGAUGGAUGAGACUCUAUCUGGUUGCGAAGGAACAAUUUGGUAUCUCGAUGACGUGCUAAUUGAAGGUCAAAAUUUGCAGGAGCAUGAUGAACGGUUGAAUAAGGUAAUGGAAUGUUUGAAUUGAAUUGAAUGUAACAAAUUUAUUGAAUAAAUGGGUCUUUUCUAUCAUAUGCAGGUUCUUAGUCGAUUAAAAAACCGUGGAAUAGAAUUGAACUGGGAGAAAUGCCAAUUGCGAGUAUCGGAGAUAGAAUUUUUAGGACACAGUCUUAAUCAAGAGGGAAUUAUGCCAUAAAGAAACAAAAUUGAAACUAUUCUAUCGUUCCGUGAACCGCGAUGUGAAACAGAAGUUCGUAGUUUUCUUGGGUUGGCAAAUUACAUGAAUAAGUUCGUACCGAUGUUAGCCACCCUCGAUGAACCCUUACGGCGAUUGCUACAUAAGGACACAAGAUUUGGAUGGACAGAAGGACACGCAAAAGCAUUCAAUGCCAUAAAGAAAGCAAUGGGGAAUAUUGAUAACUUGGGAUUUUAUAAAGUCGAGGACCGAACUGCCAUAAUGACCGACGCUAGUCCGCAUGGAUUGGGCGCUAUCCUUAUUCAGUUCGAUAAUAGUGACAAACAUCGUGUUAUCAGCUUCGCUUCCAAAGCAUUAACGGACACAGAACAUCGUUACUGCCAGACUGAAAAGGAAGCACUAGGUAUUGUUUGGGGCGUUGAACGUUUCCAAUAUUAUUUACUAGGAAAAGAAUUUGACAUAUUCACGGAUUGUAAGGCAUUAAACUAUCUCUUCUCGAAAAAAUCAAAACCGUGUGCGCGCAUAGAAAGAUGGGUAUUGCGUUUACAAGCAUUCGACUAUAGGAUCGUGUUUAUGUCAGGGAAAGAUAAUGUAGUUGAUGCAUUAUAUCGGCUUCCAGUACAAAAUGCGAUACCAUUCGAUCCAUCAGAAGAAAUAUUCGUAAGAGAAGUGGCUACUCAUGCGGCAAACUCUUCAGCGUUGAACUGGCGUGAUAUAGAAACAGAAAGUAGACAAAACGUAGAAAUUCAAGAAUGAAUGCAGGAAUGGUAUUCAUGAGUUUAAUACCAUUCGCCUCACAAAACACCUUCGGGUUAUGAAAGUUGUCAUUGGCCUCAAUCGAACGGAGAGGUCGAACGUCAAAAUCGAUCAAUUCUAAAACGGUUGCGUAUAUCCCAAGAACUUGGACGAGACUGGCGUCGGGAACUAUAUCAGUACCUACUAACAUACCAUUCAACCAAGCAUCCGACUACGGGAAAAUCUCCGGGAGAAAUCAUGUUUGGUCGACGGAUCAAGGGCAAAUUACCGUUAUUGUCAUCUUUUCAGGAGGACCCGGAAGUAAGAGAUAGAGACACGUUGAUAAAAGAGAAAGGGAAACAAUAUGCUGAUAAGCGACGGGGUGCGCAAGAAAGCUCGAUUGAAGAAGGGGACGAAGUGUUGGCUAAGAGAAUACGGAAAACGACCAAACUAGAUACGGAGUUCAGUAACGAAGAAUUAAUCGUCCGUCAUAAGAUAGGUACAGACACAAUUAUUAAAUCAAAGGUAACAGGGAAAGAAUACAGGAGAAGCUCCGCACAUCUCAAAAAGAUAAAUGAAGCUUCUUCAAGCGGAUUAUUGCGGACAGAUUCAUAUGCAGAUAACAUUCUUGGUUCGAGUAGCAAUUCGCCUAAGACGCUAUCAGAGCCUGGUUCAUCCAAACGGGUGGUCCAACCUCCAGUAAGACAUCGUGACUACAUAUCAUAUUAGCUUUUUCACUAUGAUACAUUUACUGUUAUAAAUGUUACACCUAAAGGACAUAUAAAGGACAAUAUGGAAUUUUGUUGAAGAGCAAGCCUUGAGUAAAAUAGUAGGCUAUGAUUAUUAAUGUAAGAUUCUAGAAAUAUAGUCUUGUUCCAACCAGCAACCUUUACACAGCUACUCUCUACAGGUUAUGGGCCCAGACUCGAAAAUUGAUUAAAGAUCCAGAAUAUCGAUGACUUGAAUCUAGAAAGUUUAGUGAAAAUGGCGCUUCCUAGCUCAAGCAAUUCCUCGUCAAGUUUCGUCGGUUCGACAAGUAUUCCCUCCAUUGAACGUCUGCUCGGUCGGGAAAAUUGGACAUCCUGGAAGUUUGCUGCUAAAACGUUUCUACAACUCGAAGGACUUUGGGAAGUAGUAAAACCUGUGAAAAAAGAGGAUGGAACUUUCGAAACGGUGGA